CACGAUAAAGCGUUUAGUCUCACGAGAAAAAAGGAUACUUCAUUAUUUCUUUAGUUUUUAAGUGCAUAAUCCUUCACAGAAUUUACAUUUAGUUUAUGUGUUAAUGUUCUCGUUCUUUCAUUAAUAAUUGGAUUUUUAAUUGAGGAUAGAGUGUGUUUAUUCUAAGGAUUGUAGUCGAACAAAUGACAGAAUAUAAGUUGGUGGUUGUAGGAGCGGGUGGCGUUGGUAAGAGUGCUUUGACCAUUCAACUCAUACAGAAUCACUUUGUUGAAGAAUAUGAUCCAACUAUAGAGGAUUCCUACAGGAAACAAGUUGUGAUUGAUGGAGAAACAUGCUUGCUGGACAUACUGGACACAGCUGGUCAGGAGGAAUACAGUGCAAUGAGGGACCAGUACAUGAGGACAGGGGAGGGCUUCUUGUGUGUGUUUGCUGUGAACAACUACAAGUCAUUUGACGACAUUAAUCAGUAUAGAGAACAAAUAAAAAGAGUCAAAGAUGCUGAUGAAGUCCCCAUGGUCUUGGUGGGCAACAAAGUAGAUCUUCCCACCCGUACAGUAGAACAGAGGCAGGGCAAGCAUGUUGCUGAGCUCUACCAUAUACCCUACGUAGAAACGUCAGCCAAAACAAGACAAGGGGUGGAUGAUGCUUUCUAUACUCUAGUCCGGGAGAUCAGAAAAUAUAAAGAGAAAAAAGGGAAAGACAGGAAAAAGAGAAAGAUUGGCGGCAAAGGGAAACUAUGUCAACUUUUAUAAGCUUGUGAAGCCUGGAAGUGAUAUGUUUUUUUUUAUUUUGAGACAUUAUUUCAUCAUUGUUUGUAUUCUCCUAGUUGAUUUGUUUUGCCUUGUCAUGAAUGGAGAAAAUGGCGAGUUCUGUUUUUUUUUUUGACAAAAUGUUUCGAUGUUGAGGAAUGAGUUGCAUUGGAUUCUUAGCUAACAGUGUUAAAUUAUCUGCUCUAGCAGUUAUUCUCUUACCUUCAAUACCAUGAAGGAAGAUGACAAUUUUUUUUUUGUUGUAAAAAUGUAACAGUUAUGACUUUGCCAUAAAUCUAUUGAAAGUUAGUCAUAGUCCUCCAAUGUGCCAACUUGUGGACAGAGCCAGAGGCUCAUGUCUGAGACCCAGAGGCUCAUGUCUGAGACCCAUAGGCUCAUGUCUGAGACCUAUAGGCUCAUGUCUGAGACCCAGAGGCUCAUGUCUGAGACCCAUAGGCUCACGUCUGUUAUCAGAUUGAAGUACAUAUUGUACCUCCUCCUGGCCAGUGUCUAGAUAUAGUGAAUGUACGGGCUCAACUUGAGUCCAUUGCCAUAUUGUUUAGAGUGUCUUCUCUUGAAGGCUGUUAUUAUGUUUCACCUCUCAAAGUGAAAGCAUUAUGUUUCUUGUCAUUCAGAAUGAGUGUGCUUGUCAUUGCAAUAAUAGAAAACUCUAGAGCUCACAGUGAAUACAAUUCAAGUAGAUAGAGAGAUUCGACCCACUGACCCUGUCCUAUGUUACUAUGACAGUCAUCUUCUAGAUCAGUCAAUUGUUUGAUCUUUUAUGGACUUCAUUUUACUUUUUUGUUGUAUAAAUGUACUUUUGGCUGUUUUUCUUCUUGACUAGCUCUUUUUCUCUGCAGUGUUUCCAUACAGUAUAUUUGCAUACCCUGUCCAUCCAAUCCAAUGUUAUAUUAAUGGCUGUCUUUUGGUGUUUUUCUUGAUGUUUUUUUUCCUCUUUGAGAAAUAUUUGUAUCCUUUGAUGUUAAUGUACAUGGGUACAUAUAUAUAUAUAUAUAUAUUAUAUAUAUAUCUGAAUGAACUGUGUAUGAGAGUUGCUUUUAAAGUUACUAUUGGUUGUUAAGCAACUCAUUUGAAACAAUUACUUUUCAUAAAUUGCCUUCUUGUUCUCAUUUGGUCUCGGAGGUCACCUGUAUGUAAAUAUUCCGCUGUAUACCAGAUAGGUUUUAAGAUCUUGAUAGCGUCUCUUUUGGUUUUAUAUAUCACAAAGGCUUCAUUAAUAUUAUGCAAAGUUCAUUGUACAUAACAUUAAUCUAUCAUUCACCGUUGAAUUUAGGAAUUUUGUUAUCCAGCUGUGCGGAGUGAAUUAUUUUGAAUUUGUGGAAAGGGCACUCGGCCAAACAGAUAUCUUAAUGUGUUCAGUGUUGCCAUGAAGUGACCUCAUGAAUUGCUGCGUGUGUCUGUGACCUUCCCAGCUGAGGUAUAGCGUGUCAGUAUGAUGACAUAACAUGACAUUGCCAAAAAUGUUUGCAUGCUCACCAGGCUUUGUGGGUCUAGGUAGAAUCUGUCAUAGAGCUUGACAGUGGCUACGAUUUCUCAUGUGACACUGGAAUAAUGGUCACAUCAAUGUUUUUACUGUGAAACAAAUUGUACAAUAUCAAUAUUUCCAUGUUGGUCACUUGUUUUCUUCUUCAUCACUGCUUAAACCUUUUUUUAUUCUUUUGUUUGAACUAAAUGAAUAUAGGCUUACAUUUACAAUUCUUACUGUGCGCUACUGGUACCCUAGAGAUCUUUACACACGUUUCUAUUGGACUAAAUCAAGAUUUUGCUUUCUAAUAUAAUCUUCCCUUUUUAUACCUUGCACGAGUGUCAGCUGGAAACUUUCAUUGGGUUGGAAUGCUGACAACAGUUUUGAAAGCUAACUUAAGUGAAUCGAGUAAAUGGAAGUGUUUGUUAAACAGUGGAGUGCAGAGAAUCGAUGCCUCUGCUUUGAUGGUGAUGACUUUUUUUUAACCAUUUGUUUUGAAUUGUUUUUAAAUUGUUAUUUCUGUUGCCAUUUUAAAUGUUUUUUUGUUUUUUUUUUAAAUUUAAUAUUGUAUAUUGUAUAUUGAUAAAAAAAAAUGUCUUUUCAAUUAGAGAUGAGUGUUGUGGGACAGGAGAAUUGUUGAAUGUCUACUUUUUUUUUUUUUUUUUUUAAUGUAGUUGAGUUUUACUUGUUGAGUUUUGAAUGUAAUUUGGUUAAAAAAUACACAGAAGAAAAACACAGCUGUUAACUUGAAAUAAAAAAAGAAAUCAAGUUGCAUGUUUCUAAAACUAUAUGCAGAUUUCUUAUAGAGCUUUUACUUUGGCUUAUUUACUUUGGCUUAUUUACAACAGAUACAAAAAUAACACUUGAAAUCAUUAAAUCAGUGGGAAGCAUGGUCGAGAGGCUAAGUGCGCUUGAACUUGGCUUGGCUACCUAUAAAGGGGGCUCGAGGUUUGACACCCGACGAGCAGAUUUGUGUUUACUGAGUGUCUAAAGGCACAUAACCCCCUCCCCCCACUGGUCCACAUAUGAGAUUGGACCAUAGCGCUCUGAGCAUGUUUAUAAGUAGUGCUAUAUAAAAGCUUUAAUUAUUAUUAUUAUAAAAUAAAAAAUUGCUACAGAUUCAAACAUUUUCUCAGAACAUAGGCAAAGCCGUUUUUUUUUUCUGUGUACUCUUCAACUGCAAAUGAUUAGUGUCAUCAAUCAAUCAUAAUUAGUUUUGAUCAGAUUUCAACACAAAUUUCUUGUCUUAAAAGUUGAUUGAAGUAGAGGACAUAUUUCUGUGUGUGUGUCACUCUCUUGUACAAAGAAAGUGAAAAAAAAAAGCUCUGGCUAUGUUAGUUUUUUUUUGUAAUGUCUGAGUUAUAGUGAUCUAAAUGCUUAAUGUUCAUACUUAUUGGGAUGACUAUUGUGUACAUGUUGACUUGUCAGCUGACCCUUGAACUUUUCGUGAGUAUUGAAAAGAAGAAAUGCUUUUUGAAAUUCUACCUUUUGCCUCAUUCAGGCCAGUUUAAGAAUUUCAGUAUUAGUUACCCUAUCACUUUUAUUACCAGGUACUCAAUAAAUUGAAACAAGAUAAGAGAAAACAAGAUAAUAUUUUAGUCAUUUUGAAGAUCAUAUUCUCUUUUUUUUUAACGACUAUAUAAGAGAAGCUGUGAAAGUUGAAUCAAUAAGUGAAGAGCGAAGGCUGUAGUUGACACAUUGAAAGGUUUGGCUGUUUUUGAAUACACUUGAUGAGAUCUUCAUCUUAGCAAACGUCUCAUUCCAAAACUGUUAUAUCCAACCUGAUUUACUUAGGCACCAUUCACCCAAUGAUGAACCCUAGAGGCAGCACUAACUGUAAUAUCUUGAGUGUUGAGCCAGCUGUAGUCUGGAAUUUGUUUUUAUUAUCAAUGGCCUCGUUUGGGAGUCUGUUAAAUUUAUGAGGAAGGUCUUUUUCUAAGUUUAAUUGAAUCAAAUGUUAGUAACAUUAGCAUUUUAUUGUCUGCUCAAUUUGCAUGUACCAUUUACAUCAAGAGUACACAAUGUAUGAAGUGGUGAAUGCUUUGUAUGUCCGAGGGGACAGUUGUAUUGUGGUUUUAGUACUUUUUUUUUCCAAUUCUGCCUCAUUUAGUCAAACCAGAAUAUAUGGAAUGAUAUUUCAAUACAAAUAAUAAAAUGUACUUAGUGUUUUC